GCCACGCAGGCGGCCAGGUGGGGUUACAGCCAGAGCGCGCACUAAGGAGUGGGGAGCAUGCAGCCUGCACUGCGGGGGAUGUGAUGCCGGCUUGCCAACUUCCCCCUGCCUGGUCCACUGCGGACGCCCUAGCCUGCAACCAUGGUAACACUUCUGGCUGGAAAUGCCCCCGGGAGCCCCCGAAGAUGGGCAGCGUCCUGGUGACUGAUGGACAGCUGCUCACACUCCUGAGUGAGAGAGCCUAGUAGGUCUGCAGGUAGCAGAGACGAUGUGACCCCCCUCCCCAAGCCGGGAGUCAUGCCAUAAGGAGCUCCUCCCCCCUUCGUUCCCACCCUCAAGUCUGACGAUGACACCUCCAAUUUUGAUGAACCAGAGAAGAAUUCGUGGGUUUCAUCCUCUCCGUGCCAGCUGAGCCCCUCGGGUUUCUCAGGCGAAGAACUGCCGUUUGUGGGCUUCUCAUACAGCAAGGCACUAGGGCAUCUUGGUAGAUCUGAGUCUGUUGUGUCGGGUCUGGACUCCCCUGCCAAGACUAGCUCCAUGGAAAAGAAACUUCUCAUCAAAAGCAAAGAGCUGCAAGACUCUCAGGACAAGUGUCACAAGAUGGAGCAGGAAAUGACCCGGUUACAUCGGAGAGUGUCAGAGGUGGAGGCUGUACUUAGUCAGAAGGAGGUGGAGCUGAAGGCCUCUGAAACUCAGAGAUCCCUCCUGGAGCAGGACCUUGCCACCUACAUCACAGAGUGCAGUAGCUUAAAGCGAAGUUUGGAGCAGGCGCGGAUGGAGGUGUCGCAGGAGGAUGACAAAGCGCUGCAGCUUCUCCAUGACAUCAGAGAGCAGAGCCGGAAGCUCCAGGAGAUCAAGGAGCAGGAAUACCAGGCUCAGGUGGAAGAAAUGAGGCUGAUGAUGAAUCAGCUGGAAGAGGACCUCGUGUCGGCCCGGAGACGCAGCGAUCUGUAUGAAUCUGAGCUGAGGGAGUCUCGGCUUGCCGCUGAGGAAUUCAAGCGGAAGGCAACCGAGUGUCAGCACAAACUGAUGAAGGUAGUCAGCCACCCUCCAGGACGGGACUGUGGGGGCACGGCCCUGGAUGAUCUUCACAAGACGCAAGGCCCUGCUGGCUCAGUGAUUGCUAAGGAUCAAGGGAAGCCUGAAGUGGGAGACUAUUCCAAGCUUGAGAAGAUCAACGCUGAGCAGCAGCUCAAGAUCCAAGAGCUCCAGGAAAAGCUGGAAAAGGCUGUCAAAGCCAGCACAGAGGCCACAGAGCUCCUGCAGAACAUCCGCCAGGCGAAGGAGCGAGCUGAGAGGGAGCUGGAGAAGCUGCACAAUCGAGAAGAUUCUUCCGAAGGCAUCAGAAAGAAGCUGGUCGAAGCGGAG